UUGACAACGACAAUACUGCGCAUAAUUUGAUCGUUUAAUACAAGAAAAAAUCUAUGUUCCUUAACCAUAUUAUAUAUUCCAUAAACUACAAUUAAUUAUACACAUGGUCCCACUUCAACAAAUACACUUUAGGAAAAUAACAAAGGUUUUUAUUAUUUCAAUUCACAACCCCAACAAACUUUCUCCCUUUCCUUUUGUUCUUUUUCACUAUGAUUACAAAAUUAUUAAACUAUGUACCAACAAAUAAUUGAUCUAGCCAAUUCAAAGAUUUGAGUUCCAAUUAAUUAUUUCAAUAUUUAUAUACGAUAUUCCAACAUAUUUCGAAAAUAAUUCAAAUGCUAUGAAGCAGGUAAAAGGGGAGAGUUUGGAAAGAAAGGAUGGAGUAGUUCUAGCAGCGCCGUUAUCUCUCGACGGCAACGACUCCGAUUCCGACUACAAAACGCCUAACAUCAUCCGACGGAUCCUCAGCCUUCUAGGCGCCGUUAGGCCCGGAUCCGACCUCACGCGCCUCCAGCUGCCGCCGCAGUUCAACAUUCCAAAGUCGCAGCUGCAGUUGUACGGGGAGUCGGUGUACUGCGUGAGAUCCGACAUGUUGAGCAGGUGUGCCGAGGAGGUGACGCCCCUCGGCAGACUUGUGGCAGUCGCGGCGUGGAACAUCUCCACGCUGCGGCCGUUGCCCUUUGGCGUCGCGCCUUACAACCCGCUUCUCGGAGAGACACACCACGUGUCCGUAGGAUCGCUCAACGUGCUCGUAGAGCAGGUGUCACAUCAUCCACCGGUAUCUGCGCUCCACGCUACGGAUGCGAAGCACAAUAUAGAAAUCGUAUGGUGUCAAUCCCCUAUACCGAAAUUUUGUGGUAGUCACAUUGAGACAGAAGUGGUCGGGAAACGGCAGAUAAAGCUGGUCGACAAAAACGAAACAUACGUGGCCAACUCUCCAAAACUCAUCAUAAGAUUCUUGCCCUUUUCGAGCGUAGAAUGGAUAGGAAAUGUGAUAAUCCGAUGCCAAGAAACUGACCUUGAAGCGCAACUUAGUUACAGAGGCAACUCAUUUUGGCCACGACCCUCGGUGCAUAGGUCGAUUAAGGGGAAGAUCGUUAGAUCAUCGACCUCAGAGACCAUUUACGACAUCGAUGGUCAUUGGGAUAGAAGCGUAAUGGUGAAAGAUGUUAGAAAUGGGAAGCAAACAACUAUCUACAAUGCCAAAGAAACAAUUUCAGGAUUAAAAACUCCAACUCUCAAGGAUCCAAAGGCGGUUUCGACUAGUGAGUCGAGCUUAGUAUGGGGUGAAGUGAGCCGAGCCAUACUCGAGAAGAGAUGGGACAAAGCAAGGGAAUGCAAGAACGAGAUUGAGGAGAGACAAAGAGAGAUUGCAAGGGAGAGAAAGUUGAAAGAAGAAAAAUGGAUUCCAAAGCAUUUUACAGUGUUCCAUAGCAAGGAAAGUGGAUGGGAUUGUGUACCAAACAACAAUGUUGUUGCCCCUGCUCCAAUUGUUGUUAUUGACUAAUCACACUUUGUAAAUGAAAAAAUAUAGUAUGAUUAGUUAAGCAAUAUUUAUAAAGUGGACUUUUGAUAUAA